AUGGCACAAACUGUCCUGUUCCUCCUUCUGCUCAACAUCGCAGCCUGCUGUGGUUUCAGCUUUAAAAGAUGCUCUCAGAACUUCCCCGAUACAGACGUCAUGUGGUGCUGCAACAAGAACAUCGUUGACCUCUCUGAUGUCGUUAGCAUGAUCCCAGAUAACAUAACAACAAUCAACCUGUCCAAGAACAAGAUCACAGUCAUCCCACCAGGAUCAUUCAGCCGGGUGCUUGGGCUCAAACGCUUAGACCUGAGCCAGAACCAGCUGGUCUCUCUGAAAGGGGGAGAAUUCAGAGGCCUGGGUGACCUGGAUUUUCUCAACCUCACCUACAACAACAUCUCACACAUCCACUCCAAUGCCUUUGAUGGGCUCCUCAGGCUAAAAACCCUGCUUCUGAUUAACAACACACUACAAACAAUCUCCCUGAGUAUCUUCAACUCCCUUCCAGAUAUUCAAGAAGUAUAUCUGUCCCUGAACAUGCUCAAGGCUUUCAGCUGUGGGGAAUCUGGUGGAUCCUCCACUCUCCGAAAGCUAGAUCUUUUCGCAAAUAAGAUCCAGAGGUUUAAUGUGAGCUGUUUCCCUGCUCUGGAGCACAUCGUGCUGUCCAACAACACGGAGCUGGAGCUGCAGGCUGAUGCUUUUGCCUCCAACCCCAGGCUGAAGGACCUGCUUUGUCAGGGGGUUAAACCUGAGAUGCUGGCGGCUCUCUCAGCGGAGACAAAGAGGAAUCUCUCUUGGGUGGCAUUUUCUCUGUUCAUAGAGAAAUCUCCAAUGACUAUCUGUGGAUUGUUAAAAGGAAUGGAUAAGCUUAACAAAGUUGAGGUCGACUUGAAAGGAUCCAGGUUUCCUCAGACUAACUCCAGCCUGUUGGACUGCGAUUCUCCACCUGUGGUUUUAAUCGUGGAUGCUAACCUCGGAGACGUUGCCCAGUUGCCGCUGGGAAGAGGAAACACGAGCGAGAUUUAUCUCAUCAACUGUGGGCUUAGACAGAUAUCAAAUACUACAUUUGCUGGUUACAGAAGACUAAAAACUCUGCAGCUGAAUCACAAUAGGCUUGACAUUCAGCGGGACACAUUCAAAGUCCUUACCCACCUCACAUUCUUAAGUUUUGAUUGUAGCAAAGUUCGUGACAUUGACACUAGCUGGUUCAUCACUCUGAAGAAGCUGACUCACCUGUCUCUCGUGAAAAAUGAAAUCACUGAGUUGCCAUCAAAGGCAUUCAGCGCCCUUACUCAACUUCAAGAUCUCAAACUUCGGUGCAACCUGCUUAAGUACAUCACCAAGAAGCCCUUCAGUAACCUGCGGAAGCUAACGAGGCUCAACCUCAGCCAAAACAUCAUUGAUUUCAUCGAAUUUAACACCUUCGAAGACCUGACAGGGCUCUUGUUCCUGGACUUAAGUGGGAAUCGCAUCAUGAGGCUAACACCAGAUAUUCUGUCUGGCCUGAGCAAUUUGAGACAAUUUAUUCUGUACAACAACCGCCUUCAUUUUGAAUCCUAUGAAGCUCCUUUCAUCAACCUUACUUCUCUGAAGUAUGUGGAAAUUAGAUACCAGGGGCCUGGAGGUCGAGGCAUUGGUGUCAUUGGACCGUCCUUCUUCAAAGGUCCAAGUCGACUCAACUCAGUCGCCAUCGGGAACAGCAUCCAUCUAGAAUUCCAUCCGGACGCCUUCCUUCCUCUGGUCAAUUUGGAAUGCUUGCGCAUAACUGGAACGGUUCUGAAAACGACCAACUUGAGUGCAGUGUUGUCCCCUCUGAAAAGGUUAAGGAAGCUGACUCUUGACAGGGCAGACCUUGAUGCUCUGCCAGCCAACCUGCUGCCUCAAGAUAAUUCACUGAAGGUUCUCAAAGUCCAGUCAAACCACCUUCACAGAGUGGACAAAACGUUGCUGGAUGCUCUGCCAAGAUUGCGUGAUUUGGAUAUUUCGGACAACCCACUCACCUGCAGCUGUGAUAACGCCUGGUUCAAGACCUGGGCCAUCCACAACCCUAAUACACAGGUGGCCUACCUGUACGAGAUGCAUUGUGACAAUGACAGGAGCGCUCCCUCCCUGUGGCAGUUUGAUGAUAAAGCCUGUUCGUAUGAACAGGUUUCCUUCUCUCUCUUCAUCGCCUGCUCUGUGGUGGACUUGUUGUUUGUAUGCAUGUGUCUGGCCUGGCACACACAGGGCCCCACUCUGCGCUACCUGCUGCUGAUGCUCAGGGCAAAACUUCGUGGACGUAAGGGGGCAGCAGGGGCCAGAUUCCAGUAUGAUGCAUUCGUUUGCUACAGCUCUAAGGACGAGGCCUGGGUGAUGGGGCAGCUGGUGCCCAAUCUAGAGAUGCCUGCUGCCGGAGCACCAAGGCUCAGGCUGUGCCUCCAUCACAGAGACUUCCGCCCCGGCACUGCAGUUCUGGAGAACAUCGAGACAGCCAUUUACAGCUCUCGCCACACCAUCUGUGUGGUGACACGUCACUUCCUGCGAAGCGAGUGGUGCGCCAUGGAGUUUCAGCUGGCCAGUCUGAGGCUUUUAUCUGAUGGCAGUGAUGUCCUGCUGCUGGUGUUCCUGGAGGAGAUACCUGAACACUGUCUGUCUCCCUACACACGCUUACGCAAGAUUGUACGCAAGAAGACCUACCUGCUGUGGCCUGAGGAACCACAGGAGCAUGGUGCUUUCUGGGUCAGACUGAUAGAUGCUUUAAACGACAAUGAGGAGGAGGAGGAAGAGGGAGGAGGAAGAGGUGGACAACAGGAGUUAGCACGGCUAAUUGGCUAG